AUGAACCUUUAUUAUCGUUUAUUAACAAUACAAAGUUUAUUUUAUUCACAAUUAGAACAAAAUUAUUUAUUUAGAAUGCCUAAAAUACGUUCUCAACCGACAAUGUUAGAUUCAACUAUUGAAAAUAAUUCAACCUAUCAAUUUAAAACUGUACGUAAAUGUUGUCUAUCAUCAGAACAUGAAGAUAUAAUUCCUAUACCAAUUCAAUUAUUUCUAUGGAGACAAACCAGUCCAUUUCUCAAACAAAAAUUUGGCAGUUUAACCGAUGCAUCUUCUAUUAUAUUUGAUCGAGUACUUGUUCAAAAUAUCUUACAUGGUCUAUCACCUAGUCUAACCGAUGCUAUAUCAAGUAUACCAAAAUGGUUAUUGAUUAAAGCCGCAUUUCCACACGUUAUGUAUGCAUGUUCAUCUGUAAUUGAACAUAAUAUUCAUAUAGUACAACAUCAAUCAAUUUCUACUAUUCAUCCAUCAUUAAAUGUUACUCCAUCAGCAUCUCGUUCUCGUCUAUCAACACAACUUCAUGUUCCAUUUAAUUUUCAUAAUCCAACAACAAUUCUGUCAACGGAAAAUCCAAUAUUAUUACCUCGUUCGUCAUUAUCAUCAAGUAAUCAUUCAUUAAAUUCAAUCGAUAUUCGUCUUUUUCAUACAUUACAUCAUCUUAUUUUAUAUUCGAAUGAUCAACUUUUACCUUUAAAUACAAUACAAUUAUUUAUUUAUUUAUUUACACCUUAUAUCAAUACAUAUUUACAUAAUAAUGAAAAAGAUUUUUUAUCAAAUUCUAAUCUUGUUCAGGGUAUGCGUCUUAUAUGGCAACCAUUAUUUGAAUAUCGCCAACCAAAUAUUCGAAUAUUUAAUACAUUUAUUAAACCUGUAGUUUUAUCAAAUGAUCAGCAAAAUCAAACAUCUUCUACUGAACAUGUUAAUCAAUGUCAACGUUUAUCAAAUGAAAGUGAACCAACAACACAACGAUCAUUAUCUGACAAACAAUUUUUAUCUCAUACAAUAGAUCGAACAAGUUUCAUACGAUCAAAAUCAAAUAUUGAAAAAGAACAAAAAUCAGAUAUAUUUAUACGUACUGAUUCUAUUAUAUCACCAACAACAAGUUGUAAUUCUAUAAAUGAUCUUUCGAGCUUUGGAAUGAAUGAUAAUAAUAUGAAGAUAAAAGCUCCAAUUGUACAUAUGAGUUCGAUUUAUUCAGUAUCGGAUUUAAGUCGAUUAACACUGUCACCACAAAGUCCAGUUGCCGAUCAUUUUAAUAUGAUGUGUGGUAUAGCAUCACGACUUUCCACAACAUCUGCUUCUCCUCCUAGUCGACAACCAUCAGACACUUCAAAUAAUUGUUCAGUUUCUACACCUCCCAUAUCGAAAAUACAAACAUCUGAAUAUCUUUUACUUGCAACUUAUUUUGAUGUUGGAAUUAUACGAACAUUAUUCAGUCCAUCAUGGUUAACAGAUGGUUAUUUAUGGUGUUUAGAAUAUUUAUAUAAACGUAUAGUUGAUAUAUCAGAUAAGAUUUUAUCUGAUGCUUUAAUCAAUGGUAUAUUACCAGUAAAUAUUCUUCGAUUUAAAAGUCUUUCAAUUCCACAAAUGAAUAUAGCAAAUAAAGAAAAUUAUUAUAUAUAUUUAAAAAAAAGUCAUUUUAAUGAACAAGUAACAAAUGAUAUUAUCGAACAACAAUCGACAAUGAUGAUGACACCAAAUUUAAUUAAACAACCAACUACAUUAUUGAAUAUACCAUUUAAAUAUUCUUAUGGAAAAAGUUUAUUUAAUGAAAAACAUAAUAAUUUCUACCAGAAGAUUAAUAAAAUUCGUUAUAUUGAUGAAGAUGGUAUUGAACAUUUAGAUUUAGCUAAUACUGGUCGAUAUAAUCAUAUCGGUAUACCUUUAUCAUCAUCAAAACAUAGUCGUCUAUAUCCAUCUGAAGCAGGUUCAUUGUUAUUUCAAACAUCAAUGACAAAUUCUAAAGAUAUGAAUCGUUCAUCAACUGAUAUUGAUUGUAAUAUAAAAAAAUCAUCAACAAAUUUAUAUACAAUGAAAACUUAUAGUAUUAGUGAUUCAGAAAUAAAUUAUAGAUAUUUAUCCGAACUGAAAGAAGUACAAAGUUCAAGUGGAUAUAUUAAUCGAACUGGUACAAUUAAUUUUAGUGUUGUCUUAGCUGCAAUACAUUCUGUUAUAUGUAAAGAACAUCAUUUAAAAAUUUGUGAAUUAGUUAUAAAUAUUCUUGAUGUUUUAUUUGGUUUAUCUGUUAUAUCAACAACAGAAGAUGAUAUGCAUAGACAAUAUUUAUUAAAUAAUAAAGAUAAAAAUAUAAAUGUAAUAGAUGAAAAAGAAAAUGAACAUUUAGAAGAAUGGUUAAAACAAAUGGAUGCAAAAGAAGAUGAAAAAUUUCAAUUAGCAGUUGAUAUUAUAUUAAGAAUACUCAAACGCCUAGGUUGUUCCAAUUGUCAAUCUCGUGGACGUAAUUUUAAUGCUGAUCAGUUGCGUGGUAAAGUUCGUGUAUCAUUCAAUAAACUUCGUUUACUGAAUCAAAAUCGAUUUGAAAAAUAUUUUUUAAAUUUUGCUAUUAGUGGAAAUCUUACACAUAUAUUUGAUAUAUUACAUGCUCUAUGUGAUUAUUGUUCGGAAACAACAGUUGGUCUUGCACAUUAUACACCUUAUAUUUCAACAAAAUCUGAAUCAAAUACACGUCAUACAUAUGCAAAUAAUUUUGGAAAUACUCAUCUUAGUAUAGGUCCAAAAAGUAUCGAUGGUUUUAUAUUAAAUAUAAUAUUUAAACCAUUUAUUACACGUUUAAAUAUAAUGGGAAAAUCGUUAUUAACUGCAGAUAAUAUGCAUUUAUAUAUUGAAUGUCGAGCUUUUUUAAUGUUUAUGAAAGAAAAUCAUGGUGGAAUAUUUCGUUUAACAGUUUUUUCAUCAUUAAUUGAUCCAGAAAAGGAAAUCAAAAUAAUGCGUGAUUCAAUCAAACCAAGAAUAGAUAAUAAAAUAAGAAUUUCAUUUAAUCAUGAGUCGUCUGAUGAUUUUAAUGAAAAUAUUGAUCAAGAUUUACCAAGAUCGAAUAUUAAAGAAGAAGUAUCAUCAAUCAAUAGUAAAUUUAAAAGUGUUACAUUGGAAACAGUAUCUUUAAUGGAAGAUGAUGAUCAUAGUUUAUAUGAACAUCCAGAAGAAAAUCUAUACAUUGAUUUAACACUUAUUCGUAUGGGUUUAUUACGUUUGAAUUUUAUGUUAGAAUCAUGUCCACCAGGUUCAGUACCUGAUCCACAAUUUCUUAAUAGUUUACUUAUUUUGGAUGCACCAGUUCUAUCUAAAGCGGCAUUUCUUCUUGAAUGUGCACAAUUUGUUCGACGUUGUUCAUUAGGUCAAUGGCCUGAAUGGAUGCGUAUGAAUAUUACAACACAUCGUUUACAUGAAACAUGUUAUGGACGUACAAGUGCAAAUGCGAAUACAAAAUUAACUAAAUUAUAUCAAGCAGCAGCAGCUAAAAUGUUCUACAUAUGGGGUGAUGCUCUUUCAUCUCAACUGGAAAGUAUAUUAGAUACGGAAGAAAAACAAAAUUUAGCAAAAGAUUCAUGGAAUUAUGAUGAAACAUUUGACGAUUAUUAUAAUGAAGCAAUUAUUAAUCGUUCAGGACAUGAUUGUCCAUAUUCAUUAAAAUUAAUAGUUUGUUUACUUCUUUAUGAAAUCACAUCAUUUUUACGUGAAACAUAUGAAACAUUACCAAAACUUUCAUCAUUAUCAACAACAGGAAUACAUAAUUCUCGACAACAACGAACUGCUCAUUGUCAAACUACUACUGAUACAUCAUCUACAAAUAUAGAUAAACGUCCAUCAGAUGGUUUAUGUAUGAAUAGUGUUGCUUCACAAAUAUCAAAUAGAAGUACAGGUUCAUUAUUUUCAAGUGAACAACCAGCAAUUUCAUCACAAAUGUUAUCAGCAGCAAUUGUCAAUAUGAAUCCAUUAGUAUCUAUGGAACGACAUAUAAGUUUUGCUGUUAAUACAGAAAAUGAUUCAAUGGAAAGUAAUCAUACAAUAAUUGUUGUCAAUGAUGAUGAUAAUCUUGCAGUUGCAGAUAUCAAUCCAGCAUUAAUACAAGUACCAUUAAGGAAAACAGGAAGUAUAUGUAGUAACACAGGAAAAACAAAAUUAAUACGAAAAACUAGUGGUAAAUUGAGAAAACCAUCAAUGAGAUUGAAGGAUCUCGCAAAAACUAUUCAUCGUACAUCAUUUCGAAUACGUAGUCGAAGUCAUGUAUCAAAUAUUUCAAGUGAUGGUGAUGUUCAUCAAAGUAAUACUGGAACAUCAGUUCUUGAACCACCCGAUGAAUAUCCAGUUAGUCCAGAAGAUGAUAUUGAUCAAAAAAACUUUGACUAUUUUAUUAAAACACGCCCAUUUCCAUGGAUAAAAACAGUUAUACGAAUAUUUAAUAGUAUUCAAUUAACAUGUAAUCAUGAAAUGAAAUGUUUAUCAACAUGUUAUGAUAAACAAACAAAAAGUUGUUCAAAUCUUUUAAAAGCAUUAUUAAAUAUGUAUCAAUUAUCAUCAUUAACUUCAUGUUCAUCAUCAAUACAAACACAUACAAAACAAUCGAAUAAAAAACGAGAAUUUUCAAAUUAUUUAUUUGGUGAACAAACAACUGAUUUACCAACAGAAAAAGAAAUGAAUACAUAUUUUAAAUCUAGUUCGACCUACAUUGAAAAACAAGUUGGAUCAUUGAUGCAAAUUCCAUUAUUGAUACUUUGUAAAUCAUCUGUUCUAUUAGAAGAUGAACACUAUACACAAAUUCUUCGUUUAUCUUGGGAACUUUUACUUGAAAGAAAUGAAGAAUUAGCUGCUUGUGCAGCUACAAUUGUAAUCCUAACAGCUGCUCGUGCUAGUCAUUUAGUUGAUACAUUAAUUCGUACAGAAAUGGAAAAUUCUUCUGCAUUAAUUCGUUAUAAUGCAAUAUUAAGAUUUGAAAUAUUAUGGCGAUUUCGAUAUCAAUUUUGGAUACGAUUAGAAGAUGGUGCACAUACAAUGAUGAAAAUUCUUCCGCCUAGUAUUGAAUUUGUUUUACCAUCAGCUGCACUUGGUAUUGCUAAUCUUCAAACAGUUGAUCCACCAUGGAUACCGCAUGUUAAAACACUUGUUCAACAAGUUGCACUUAAUCAAGAAGAAGUUCGAGCAGUUAUGACAACUAGUAAAACAAGAAAAAAACAUCAACAAGAAUUUCUACAUCUAGCAUUAAUGACUGAAGAAACAAGUAAACGAGUUGCAAGAGAAAAUUUUAUUAUAUCAACAGUUCCAAUAUUACCAGCUGCAUCAUUUGAACCACUUUUACAUCAAACAAGAGAUGAAGAAGAAGAAGGACAUGUAGAUGAUGAUCGACUCAAUGAAACAAGUAUACAACUUCGACAAGCUCAAGGAACAUUUCCAUCAGCAUUCAGUGCAGCCAUUUUUCAUCUUGUAGACAUGCUUGAAGAUGAAGAUAUUAUUGAAAAUGGUGCAGCAGUUUCUGAAGCAGCUCUACAAGCUCUUUGGAGUUGUUUACUUGAAGAUCCAACAUUACUUGUUCGCUUUUUCUUUGAAAAACUGUUACAUAAAGAACGUCGCUUACAAUCACUUCAAAGUCUUCGUCGUCUUAUCAUAUUUUUAACUGAUAUUCCAUGUCAAUUUGCUCAUGCAAUUUUUAAUUAUGUUCUGGGUCUAUUAUUAAGUAUGUCACGUUCACCAAUUGAUGGUUCACAAGAAUUAUUUAUAGCUGGUCUAACAUUAUUUUGGCAAAUCAUUCCAUUUGUUCAUGGUCUUAUUUUAAAAGAUUUAAAACAAAUUCUACGUAAAGAACAAGCUGAAAUGAUGAUAUUAAUUACAGGAAAUAUUCCAUCAACAAAAAAAAUUAUUAUUCAUGGUCCUGAUGCAUCACAAAUUCCAACACAAGCAAUCAUUUCUGAAGAUACACAAUUUACUAAUGUUCUACAAGAAGCAUUAGAAUUUUUUGGUAUACCUGAAUCUAAACGUGAUCAAUAUCAUUUAAUUGAUAUAAAAACUCAACAAAUUCGUAUACCUGAUACAUAUGUACGAGAUUUUUAUUUUUUUCGAAGAAAUAUUUAUCCUCAAUUAUCAUUAGUUUAUAUGGAAACAAAACAAUCACAACGACAACUUGAACAAGCAGCUAUACAGAUAAAAACAAUUGAAUUAUCCAAAGUUUUAUUUGCACGUUAUUUACUUGAAAAUACACCAUUCAAUCAAGUACAUAAUUGUAUUACAUUUUUUCAUAAUGAAAUUCUUAAAAGUCCAUUAUUUCCACGAAAACAAUUAGAAUCAGAUUUUAAUUUAUACACAAAAAUAUCAAAUAAAGAAUUAUUCAAUGUAGAUAUGUUACAUAAAUAUAAUUGGAUAAAAUUAAUUGGAUGCAUAUUUUUCAAUAUGGAUGGUAAAACAAGUACAACAUCUGAUAUAACUUUAUUCCUUCCUAUUAUUAAUGGUUCAUUUAUAUUACAUUGUGAAGAUUCAGCUAUGUUACGUUUUUGUCUUGCAACUUAUAUAAAUAUUGUGAAACAUUUUCGGCACAUAUUUGCUACAAAUGGAUAUCUAUUGAUAAUGCCAACAUUUCUUCGCGUUUAUUCAAAUCUUCAAUCAAAUCCAAUGUUAAAAAAAUCAAUUGAAUUUUGUUGUAAACAAUUUUUUAUUUUACAUCGUAUACCAUUUCUAUUACAAAUGCUUGGUAGUAUAUCACAAUUAUUUGAUUUUGAUGAACGUUCUGAUGUUAUUAGUAAAAAUGCUAUUCAAUCAACAGCAUUAUUUCGUUUAUUAAUUGCAUUAGAACAAACGAAAAUUGAUACUAUACAAGAUGAUUAUUCAAUAUUAGAAUUAGUUAAAAUUGAUCCAUUAACAACAAAAAUAAAUAAUCUCUUAUCAACAGAGAUACCUCCUACAACAACUACACUUGGACAAGGAACUGUCAGAACAUCGACAACUAUUAAAUCAUUAGAUUUUUGUUAUGCAGAUGAUGAUAAUACAUUUACAUUACUUAGCUGUUUUGAUGUUUGCGUUACUGUUGUUGCAUAUGCACCUGAUUCAAUUCGUUCAUUACAAAUGCUUGGUAUGAUCGAUGUACUUCUACCAAAAUAUUUAGAAUAUAUUAAAGAUCGUACACUUAAAAAUGAUAUUCAAAGACAAGGACGUGAAGAAAUGAAAAUUAUUGAAAAAUUAUCUACUGCUUUUAAAACAUUGAUUCAUUCAUUAGAAUCUUUAACACGAACAUUUGUUGAACCCAAAUCUGAUUCAUCAAUAGGUGUUCAUCAUAAACAUCCACGGGCUUCUUAUUGUUCAUCUCCUAUUGCACCAGAUGAAGAUUCUGUAAGUCGAUUUAUUGAUGAUCGAACAAAAACUCGAGUACAAGAUGCUGAUGAACUUAAACAAGUAUCUGAAUUCCGUUGGCCACGUCAUACACUCUUAUCUAUUAUGUCAAAUUUUAUUUAUUUAACUACUCCACGUGUAAAAGAAUUAAUUAAAUUAAUAAAUGAUCCUACAUUUCGUAUUUCAGAAUUACUUGAUAUUAAAUCUCAUAUACGUCUUGCUGAUAUAGCUCAUACAUUAUUAAAAUUAGCUAAUUUUGAUCCAGUAACAUUAUCUUGUCAUGGUAUACAAGAUUAUUUUCAAAAAUUAAUACCAUGUACCGAUUGGAAUCAAGAACAAUUACGAUUAGCAUUAAAUCUCUUAUUAAGACGUAUUGAUCGGAUGUUUUCAAAAGUUUGUAAAAAACCAUUAAUUAAACGUUGUUUUGAUUGGGAAGCAACAGUAGAAAUUUUAAAUGGAAUUUAUUUAACAAUUGAUCGACAUCCAUCUGUCGCAUAUUUUCCAAAUUUAAAAGCAUUAAUUUCAACAUGUAUUAGUUUAAUAAUUAAUGAAAAUAUAUCAGAUUCAAAUCAAAAUAUGUUUCGUUUGGACAUACCAACAUUUCCAAAAGAAUUUUCUCGUACUAUUAUUAAACUUGUUGGACGAUAUUUAUUAGCUAUUAAAAAUCAACCAAAUUUAGAAGCAUUAGUUAAUCAGAAUUUUUCAUCAACAAAUGUUUUAUCAACAAUAAAUCAUUUAUUACAUUUUCUUUUACCACUCAUGUUUUCAGCAAGUAGUGGACGAAAAGAUGCACCAAAACUUCAUGUACUUGAUAUUUCAUAUAUUAUUACAAUAUUAAUCAAUACAAUUAAACCACCUUCAAAACUUGCUGUUACGAUGGGUACACAAAAUGGACCAUCCGGACAAGGAACUAGUAGUGGAAGACAACAUUUAACUGUUACAGAAAGUAAUGCACCAAAUAGUAAUUUAUCUCAUAAAACAAUAAGACAACUACGAGAUCUUUUACAAACAGCAUCAUUAUUAGGUUUAAAAAUUUUAAUAAUUGGAUUUGGUAAACACUUAAAACGAGAAUGGCAACGUAUUACACAAGCUAUAAAAUCCAUAUGUAACAAACAAUCAAAUAUAUCUUCAAAUCUGCUAUUAUUCAUUGAUUUUCUGGUUUCAUAUAAAACACCAAUAUAUCUUAUUCUUCGACCAUUUCUUAUGCAUUAUUUGCAUUCAGUAACAUCAGAAAAUAGUUAUGAUUUUGAAAUGAUUACACAUAUACAACAGAAAAUUAUUUUCGAAAAAAUACCAUUAGCAAAAUCAACAGGCGAAAUUUUAACUGAACUUAAAAAAGAAUUAUAUCAAUUAAAAGUUGAUCUAACAGAUGAAUCAAAAAUUUUAGCUUCUUCUGAUAUACGUUCGAUAAGUACAGGAAAAGUUCGAUUUGAUAUGGAUGCAUUUGAACACAUGAAAGAUCAUGAUGAUAUUACAGCAAGAUUAAAUACUGUAUCAAAUAUUGCUCGAGCAUCAAAUGUUUAUCGUUUACGACGGCAACGAUUCAGUGAUUUUAGUUUAAAUGGAUCAACGAAAAGCAGAACUGAAAAGAUUCGAUUAAAAGAUGCAUUAGAUAUUCUCGAAACGUAUCAAGCACGAUAUAGAACUCGAUGUUGUGGUACUGAUACACCAACAAAAACAACCGAAGAUAUGACAUUAAAAUAUUUAUCAUCCAUAACAGAUGAUAAAAAUAGAUCUAUGUCAGUUGAAAGUUCAAAUUUUCUAUCACCAUCAAAUUCUCCAAUGUCAAUAAUAUAUUCAGAAGCAGCAUCUAGUGAUCAAAACUCUCCAAUUAUGGAUUCUAAUAAUCCAACUAAUGAAGAUAAUUCAGAUCAAAGUCGUAUUAAUAAUCAAAAUGCUUCGAGAUUACGAAUAUUUCGUGGAUGGAAACGAAAUGCAGCACAUUUAGAAAAAACUCGAUCACCAAAACAUGCACCGCAACCACAGGUACCAAAUGAAUCAAGUAUAGCAUCUAAUACUACUUCAGUAAUCAAAAAUCUAUUCCAACCGAUUAGACAAGUUAGUGAACAAUACUCUAUUUCAAAUAUCAACGAAGAAAAUUCUGAUUUUAUUGAUACAUCAACUACUUCAAUGAUUCCUUUAAAAGAAAUGACUUCAAAGCAACGCGAAUCACAAUUAUCUACGAUUAAUGACGAUGAUGAAUCAAAACUUUGA